CGAGAAACGGAUACCGCACGGCUUCCACUGCCCAGGGAGCGGAAAAAACACCCUGUGCUGAAGCGCAGAAGGGGAGAACCACGUUCCCCCCGCCCGCCCCCUCUACCCCCCCCCCCCAGUGGUUGCGUCCGUGACAUCAUCAUCAUGGCAACAACAGCUGGAGCCGAGGAGGCACCGCCGCCAAGGCGUCCGCGCUGCCGAGGGAAGGGACUGCUCUGCCCAUGAGGCGCUCGCGGCCGGCCAGGCUCUUUUAGAGCCAGUUCAGGCUGCUCAGCGCGCGCGUGUGUCUGCCUGUGUGUGUGUGCGCGCGGGCGGGGAGCGGCGGGAGGGCGGGGGCUGCGCUCGCUGCGGUGGCGGCGGGGGAGCCGUGUGGGCUCCGCGCUCGCUCAGUGCGUGGGUCGCUCUCGGCGGCGGCGAACAUGUUCUCAGUGAGGCUCGUGACCGCCGACUACUACAUGGGCAGCCCGCUGCCUGGCCUGGACCCCGGCCAGUCCCGCUUCAGAGAGGCCCAGGCCAAGAAGGUGCCCGUGGUGAGAGUCUUCGGCGCCACCCCUGCAGGUCAGAAGACUUGUCUCCAUUUACAUGGUAUCUUUCCUUAUCUCUAUGUGCCAUACGAUGGUUAUGGGAAGCAGUCAGAACACUAUCUUCGUCAGGUGGCGUUCAGCAUUGACCGAGCACUCAAUGUGGCUUUAGGCAAUCCAUCUUCUACUGUUCAACAUGUGUUCAAAGUAUCAUUAGUAUCUGGAAUGCCUUUUUAUGGUUAUCAUGAAAAGGAGAGAGAGUUUAUGAAGAUCUAUCUUUACAAUCCUUCAAUGGUGAAAAGAGUAUGUGAGCUUCUACAAGGUGGAGCCAUAAUGAAUAAAUUUUACCAGCCUCAUGAAGCCCAUAUUCCCUACCUCCUACAACUGUUUAUAGACUACAACCUGUAUGGAAUGAAUUUAAUAAACCUGGCUGCUGUCAAAUUCAGAAAAGCAAAGAGAAGAAGUGAUACUUUAGAUGGAAUUGGAUGUUACAAAGAUAAUUUGCCAGAAAAUUCCAUUACUGGAACUUUUUUUCGGUGGGAAGAGGAUGACAUACCAAGCUCUUUAAUAUUAGAUGGUGUUGAACCACAGAGUACCUGCGAAUUGGAGGUGGAUGCUGUAGCUGCUGAUAUUUUAAAUCGAUUGGAUGUUGAAGCCCAGAUUGGCAGGAACCCUGGUUUGCAAGCUAUAUGGGAAGAUGAAAAGCAGCGCCGGAGAGAGAAGAAUGAAUCUUCUCAGAUUAGUCCAUCUGAUUCACAAGAUCGUGGAUUUGUGCCAACAACAGAGAGUGAAAAAAUCUUUCAAAAGAGACUUAAGGAAAUCCUCAAGCAAAAUGACUUCUCUGUAACAUUGUCAGGAUCAGUGGACUACAGUAAUGGAUCAGAGGAGUUCUCUGCUGAGUUAACACUACAUUCGGAAAUACUUUCUCCUAAAGCAGUUCCAUGUUCACCAGCCAAUAUGGUGGAAGUGCACAAAGAUAAGAAGCUGAACACAGAACCUAAUAGGGAUAUUAAUAAAGAGGAGGACGCGCUUAUUAAUGAAGAAGCGAUUUUAAACAUCAUGGAAAAUAGUCAGAGUUUUCAUCCACUAUCUCAGAGACUGAAUCAGACUGCAGUUUUCAUGGACAGUAGUUCUGAUCAGGCCAUGAUAAACCUGUUGGCUGGCUUGGAGGAUGAUGGGUAUCAAAUGGGAGGACACAGAACGUUAUCUCAAAAUAAUUCUCUUGGAAGCUAUAGAAAUCUCCAGAACAGUGAUGAUGAAGAAAAUGAACCACAAAUUGAAAAGGAAGAGAUGGAACUCAGUUUGUUAAUGUCCCAAAGAUGGGAUAGCACCAUUGAAGAGCAUGGGGCAAAAAGAAGGUCAGUGAGCAAAAAUAUGCAUAGAAGCUCAACUGAAGAGGAGGAUUCAUCUUCAGAAGAAGAAAUGGAAUGGAGUGGUAACAGUUUGCUUCUAGCUAAUCUCUCUAUACCUCAGUUAGAUGGAACUGCAGAUGAAAAUGGUGACAAUCCUUUGAAUAAUGAAAGUUCUCGAACUCACUCCUCCAUAAUUGCAACAAGUAAAAUGUCCGUAAAGACCUCGAUGUUUCACAAAGACGCUACUACGCUAGAACCCCCAUCUUCUGCUAAGAUUACUUUUCAGUGUAAACACACAAGUGCCCUUUCUUCCCAUGUUUUGAACAAUGAAGAUUUAGUAGAAGAGCUUUCACAACCAAACGCUGAAGCAAGACCUGAUCUUUCAGUCCAUUCUCUCACAAAAGAAAGCACUUACACUGCAAAAUGUCCAACAUCAUUCAGCAAUAGUGCCCAUUCUGAAAACUCUCACAAGGAAAGUAAUAAGAAAGAUAUUCUUCCAGUUUCUUCAUGUGAAAAUAAUAUUUUUGAAUAUGAAGAAGAUAUUUCAUCGGUGAGCAGACAGAUACCAAGUAGGAAGUACACCAGCAUCAGAAAGGUAGACAAGGAUGAUGCCUCUUUUAUGCAUAUGAGCUGCCACAUUAGUGAUAGUGUGUUGAGUAAAAACUCAUUCAGUUUUUCAGAGUUAAGCCUCUCCAAAAAUAAAAUACCCUCUGAAGCAAAUGAAAAAUCCAGCAGCACAGGUAUAAAUAGCUUUUUCCCUUCAACGGUAACAGAAAGUUGUGAAUUGGUGUCUUGCUCAGGAGGGAAUCGAACUGCAGGGCAUUCUGUUGAAAAUAGCACUGAUGAAGAAGGUAGCCUUAAUAAACUUAAAAUUAGGUAUGAAGAAUUUCAGGAGCAUAAGACAGAAAAAACAAGCCUCAGUCAACAAGCAGCACAUUAUAUGUUUUUUCCCAGUGUUGUUCUUUCUAAUUGUCUCAGCCGACCACAAAAAUUAGCUCCUGUGACGUAUAAAUUACAGCAGGGCAACAGACAAUCCAGGUUAAAGCUGAAUAAAAAGAAAUUGGGUCUUAGCAAUCAUCAGGAGCCUGCAGAUGUCAGUGAUGUUGCAUCCAUGAAGGAAAGCUGCUAUACACAAGAUGAUGCUUGCAGUAACAUUCCUGACAAGGACAGUGCAUUACCUAUUGAUUUAGUUCAAGUUCCUCAUGGUGCUUUUGAAAACAAAACGCCUGCAAAUAAUGCUAAUUGUAUUGAUUGCCAAUUUAGAGAUGGAUCCCUGGAAACAGAGCAGUCAUUUGGAUUAUGUGGGAAUAAAUAUACACUCCGAACUAAACGAAAAGUAAAUUAUGAGACUGAAGACAGUGAAUCAAGUUUUGUCAUGCACAACUCAAAAAUUAGCCUACCUCAGCCCAUAGAAAGUGGUGAAAGUUUGGAUGGGUCUCAGAAAUCUCGAAAACGUAGAAAACUCUCUAAAAAACUGCCACCUGUUAUUAUCAAAUACAUUAUCAUUAAUAGAUUUAGAGGCAGAAAAAAUAUGCUUGUUAAAAUAGGAAAAAUAGACUCUAGUGAGGAACAAGUGAUACUUACAGAAGAAAAGAUGAACCUAUAUAAAAAGCUUGCACCUUUAAAGGACUUUUGGCCAAACGUUCCUGACUCCCCUGCAACCAAAUAUCCUAUUUAUCCAUUGACACCAAAGAAAAGUCACAGAAGGAAAGCAAAACAUAAGUCAGCUAAGAAAAAAGUUGGAAAACCACAAAAAACAAGUAGUAAAAAUAUUAAAAGAACUUUAUCUUUCAGAAAAAGAACUCAUGCAAUCCUUUCUCCCCCUUCACCGUCUUAUAAUGCUGAAGCUGAAGACUGUGACUAUCACUAUAGUGACGUUAUGUCUAAAUUAGGUUUUCUCUCUGAGAGAAGCAUAAGUCCAGUAAAUGCAUCUCCCCCUCGCUGCUGGUCUCCCACUGAUCCAAAAGCAGAAGAAAUUAUGAAUGGACUAGACAAAGAAGCUUUACUUAUUAAGGGUCCUAACAUGUACAUCAGCAAGACUGUUAAUUCCAUUGUAGGAAAAAAUAGUCGAGCAAAAACUCAGGUUAAGAAAUGUAAAAAGAAAUUUGCUACGGUAGCUACUAAGAAAAGGAACAAGAUUAAUCAGACUAAUAAAACAGCAAAUGAUGGAAAGAAGAAACCUAGGACAAAACAGAGACAAAAAAUAGCUGAAAACAUGUCAUCAAGAAAGCGUAUGACAUUUAAAGAUGAAAAAGGAAAUACUCGUUCUACUGCAGAAAUUAAAUUUGUGCUGAAACAUCAAGAUCUGCCUGAAAUUACUCACAACUUUGGCAGCUCACAACCACUUCUUACUCAGAAAGAUGUUCCUCUAACUGGCUAUUCAACAGGACAUCUACUAUCAACACAGCUCCCCCCAACAGUGGAUGUACAAGGAAAUUCAUCUGGCUAUUUUCAUCCAUUGCUGGAAACUGAUAAGCCUGUGGGUUUGCAAGGUUUGUCUACUCCAAGAGACAAUCUUCAUUCGUCUGUCAUUUCUGCUCCUGUGAUACCUGGAAGGGAAAUAACAAAAAUAAACUCCCAAAGAUCUAAGAGUCAAAAUGCUGUGUUUCGAAUGAAGGAAUCUAGUUUGAGUCAAAAUAAUAUAUUUGACCCAUCUAACCACUCAUCUCAGGUAACACAGAAUAUAUGUAACUCUAAAGAUAAAACAUCUACAAAGGCAGAAGAGAUGAUAAAUUCACAGACUAGAUACUUGUCAUCAAUUGGAAAAUUAAAUGAAACACAUAGCUUUCCAGAUACAAUGAAGACAGAUCAGUUACAUACCACUAAUUUUUUGCAUUGUAAAGACAAUAAUCAGCAGCAGAUUGUAUGCUUACCAGAAGCAUCAAAACAUGCAGAUUCUUAUUCUUCUAUACUUAAAUCAUCUGAGGAAAGCCAUGGAUCGCUUCAGUUGCCUAAGAACUGUUUUGUAACUUCUUUAAGGAGUCCAGUGAAACAGCUAAAAUGGGAGCAAAAACAGGGAGGAUUUAUUUUUGAUAUGUCUCAUUUUAAACCCGAAAGAAUAAAACAUCGGUCUUUGUCAGAAACCAUCUCACAAACAAAAACUAUCUCCCAGUGCAAAAACAGGACUGUAAUGACCCCAUCAGCAUUCAGUGAAGGACAGUCUGGAUUAGCUGUUCUAAAGGAGUUACUACAAAAGAGACAGCAAAAAGCACAACAUGCAGGUAUUUUGCAAGAGCCAUUAUCAGUUACACCUCAGAUAAACAAAAGUAUUUCUUGCUCUCCUGAACAGCAUAAAGCAAUUAAAAGAUCACAGUCAGUCACAUCACCAAGAAAGUCUCGUGCUCCCAGAAAUACAAAACCUAAAGAAAAAACACCGAAACCUUUAAAAGUGGAUUCUUCAAACCAGCAUAACACUAAUCAGAUUGACCACUUUAUAUCUGAUGACAGCCCUGGUUUUUUUUCAGACCCAGGCUUUGAAAGCUGUUACUCACUUGAAGACAGCCUGUCACCAGACCAUAAUUACAAUUUUGAUAUUAAUACCAUAGGGCAGACUGGAUUUUGUAGUUUGUACUCUGCAAGUCAGUUUGUCCCAGCAGAUCAAAGUCUGCCACAGAAGUUUUUGAGUGAUGCAGUUCAGGAUCUUUUUCCUGGACAAACAGCAGAAAAUGAACUUUUCGGUCAUAACAGCCAAAAAUCUGAGGAAGAAAAACAUCGCUCUUCAGACCCAAGUACAUGGAUAACAUCUGGUGCUCUAAGUCCUGAACUUUUUGAGAAAACCUCUAUGAAUAACAAUGAGAACCAUCGCCAUGGUCAGUGGAGAAACAAUGUUCAUCCUUCAGCGUCUCGAACUAGCUCAUCAGUAGAUAUUUUCUGUACGCAACAGGCAGGGGACUAUGUAAAUGAGAAGUUCAAGUUGAAUAGAAAUCCAGUAAAUAAAGAGGUAUUUCUUAGCCUUCCACAGUCAAGCUGUUCAGACUUCAUUCAAAGCUGCACUAGAAAAGAAACCACUUUUGAACCAUGUCAGCCACUUGGUUCAAUUAAUACCUCUUUUACUUCCGUAUUGUCUUCUCCGGAUGGUGAACUCGUGGAUGCAGCUUCUGAGGAUUUAGAGUUGUAUGUUUCAAGAAACAAUGAAGGAUUAACUCCAACUCCAGACAGUUCACCACGAUCAACCAGUUCUCCCUCACAGUCAAAGAAUGGAAGUUUUACGCCUCGUACUGCUCACAUUCUUAAACCUCUCAUGUCACCACCAAGUCGUGAAGAAAUCAUGGCAACUUUGCUAGAUCAUGACCUUGCAGAAACAAUUUACCAAGAACCAUUUUGCAGCAAUCCUUCUGAUGCACCAGAAAAGCCAAGGGAGAUUGGAGGACGGCUUCUCACAGUAGAAACUAGACUUCCAAAUGAUCUGCCUGAGUUUGAGGGAGAUUUCUCAUUGGAAGGACUACGCCUCUGGAAGACUGCAUUUUCAGCAAUGACACAAAGUCCUAGACCAGGUUCACCACCACGUAAUUGUCAUUCCAUUGCUGGCAAAGGAGAAACUAAUAGCCAUAAAACUAGCGAAGAUAAAAAAAUAGUCAUCAUGCCGUGUAAAUGCGCACCGAGUCGCCAACAGGUUCAGAUGUGGCUUCAUGCCAAAGAAGAGUAUGAGCAUGUCAAGAAGUUGCCUAAGGAUCAGCCUGUUGACACUGAGAAAGCAGCAGAGAAUUUCAGAUCCAUAGCAUUGCCUGAAGAUCAGCCUACUGAAGUGGUAAAAGCAGCUAAGAAUUUCAGUUUACCUAGCCUGCAAGACAGCAUACCUAUUGUGCCUACAAAAGAUGCUCCUGUUUCACAGGCAGAUCCUACACCAACACAGACCAAGGAAACUUGUGAUAAAUAUAUUAAUACUGUACAGAUUUCUACAAAUACCAUAGAACCCAGUAAAACUCCACCUGAAAGCGGGACAUUGCUGCUUGCUCCUUCAGCAAUAGAACUUGAUAAAGAAGAAGAGGAUGAUGAUUAUUAUGUCAAUUAUAGUUCACCAGAUUCACCAGUGCUUCCUCCUUGGCAACAAGCAGCAUCCCCAGAUUCCAAACCAUCUAGUUUAGAAGAUGCAGACUGGCAGAGUCAGAACAUAAUUUCAUCACCUGUGGAAGAAAAUGACACAGCACCCAGUGGGAAUGUACAGAAACAUGUCAAAGAUGAAGGUCGGGCAUCCUUCAGCACAUCUCCACUUCUGGUCAGAGAAGGUUCUGGAAAUUCCGAAUCAGUUUGCCUUCAUAGCACACCCAUUGUACAGAGAAAAUGUCAAGAAAGAAUAGCUGAAGCACUUGAUUUUACCCCUUUAUCAACAGAACCAAAGAUGCAGAAAUUGAAUCACAGAAGAGGAAGUAACUCUGACACUCUUCGAAGAGUACUUUUAACAACACAAGUGAAGAAUCAGUUUGCUGCUCUCAGUGCCCCAAAGAAAGAAACUUCUCAGAUUGAAGGACCAUCUUUAAACAACUCUUAUGGUUUUAAAGUCAGUGUGCAAAACCUGCAGGAUGCAAAAGCUUUACAUGAGGUCCAAAACCUUACACUCAUCAGUAUGGAGUUACAUGCUCGAACCAGACGAGACUUGGAGCCAGACCCUGAAUUUGAUCCUAUCUGUGCUUUAUUCUUCUGCAUCUCAUCUGACACAGCACUGCCAAAUACUGAUAAAAGAGAAAUCACUGGUGCUAUAGUGAUUGAUAAAGACAGAACAAUCUCAAGCCAAGGUAGCAGAGACCAGGCCCCUUUGCUCACAAGAUCUGGAGUUACAGGACUAGAAGUCACUUAUGCUGCUGAUGAGAAAGCUCUUUUCCAGGAAGUAGUGAAUAUUGUAAAAAGAUAUGACCCUGAUAUUAUGUUAGGAUAUGAAGUCCAAAUGCAUUCGUGGGGUUACCUCUUACAGAGGGCUGCUGCACUAAGUGUUGAUUUAUGCCAGAUGAUCUCUCGUGUACCAGAUGAUAAGAAAGAGAACAGAUUUGCAGCUGAGCAAGAUGAAUAUGGGUCAGAUACAAUGAGUGAAAUAAAUAUUGUUGGACGAAUUAUCCUAAAUCUUUGGCGAAUGAUGAGAAAUGAGGUGACUCUAACUAACUACACAUUUGAAAAUGUGGGUUUUCAUGUUCUUCAUCAGCGUUUUCCUCUUACCUCUCGAGUUUUGUCUGAUUGGUUUGACAACAAGGCAGAUAUCUACAGAUGGAAAGUGGUUGAUCACUACAUUAGCCGUGUCCGUGGGAAUCUCCAAAUGUUAGAACAGCUGGACUUGAUUGGUAGAACCAGUGAAAUGGCAAGGCUUUUUGGAAUUCAGUUCUUGCAUGUACUAACAAGAGGCUCACAGUAUCGUGUGGAGUCAAUGAUGCUGCGUAUUGCUAAACCAAUGAAUUAUAUCCCUGUGACGCCUAGUGUCCAGCAGCGAGCUCAAAUGAAAGCCCCACAGUGUAUUCCCCUAAUAAUGGAGCCAGAGUCCCGCUUCUACAGUAACGCUGUUCUUGUACUAGAUUUCCAGUCGUUAUAUCCUUCUAUUGUGAUAGCAUACAAUUACUGUUUUUCAACCUGCCUGGGACAUAUUGAGAACUUAGGAAAAUUUGAUGAGUUUAAAUUUGGCUGUACAUCCCUCAGAGUACCUCCUGACUUACUUUAUCAGAUUCGGCAUGAUAUCACAGUGUCACCCAAUGGAGUGGCUUUUGUCAAGCCUUCAGUAAGAAAGGGCGUGUUGCCAAGAAUGUUGGAAGAAAUUCUGAAGACCAGGAUAAUGGUGAAGCAGUCAAUAAAGGCUUACAAGCAUGACAAAGCUAUCACUCGAAUGCUUGAGGCACGUCAGCUGGGUCUUAAACUGAUAGCUAAUGUUACAUUUGGUUAUACUGCUGCUAACUUUUCUGGAAGAAUGCCAUGUAUAGAGAUUGGGGAUAGUAUUGUCCAUAAAGCCAGAGAGACCUUGGAGCGAGCUAUAAAACUGGUGAAUGAUACGAAAAAAUGGGGAGCUCGGGUCGUAUAUGGCGAUACUGACAGCAUGUUUGUACUCUUGAAAGGAGCCACUAAGGAGCAGUCUUUCAAGAUUGGCCAAGAAAUUGCUGAAGCUGUAACAGCUACCAACCCGAAACCAGUAAAACUGAAAUUUGAAAAGGUGUAUUUGCCGUGUGUCUUGCAAACCAAGAAGAGGUAUGUGGGAUACAUGUAUGAAACACUGGAUCAAAAAGACCCAGUAUUUGAUGCAAAAGGCAUAGAGACCGUUCGAAGAGAUUCUUGUCCUGCUGUAUCCAAGAUACUUGAGCGUUCUAUCAAGCUGCUAUUUGAAACACGUGACAUAAGUCAGAUCAAACAGUAUGUUCAGAAUCAAUGCAUGAAAUUAUUAGAAGGCAAAGCCAGCAUGCAAGAUUUCAUCUUUGCAAAGGAAUACAGAGGGAGUUCUGCUUACAGACCUGGAGCCUGUGUACCAGCACUAGAAAUCACAAGGAGGAUGCUUGCAUAUGACCGUCGUUCUGAGCCUCGAGUUGGGGAAAGAGUACCCUAUAUCAUUGUGUAUGGCAUGCCAGGAUUGCCUCUGAUACAACUGGUGAGGCGGCCCAUUGAGGUCCUACAAGAUACCAACCUGAGGCUGAAUGCCACAUACUACAUCACCAAACAAAUUCUUCCACCCCUGGCUAGAAUUUUCUCACUAAUUGGCAUAGAUGUUUUCAGCUGGUAUCAUGAAUUGCCCAGGAUCCAGAGAGCUGCCUCCAAUGCCCGCACCGAUCUGGAAGGCCGAAAAGUCACGAUCUCCCAGUAUUUCACUACCUUACACUGUCCUGUGUGUGAUGAACUGACACAGCGUGGGAUCUGUAGUAAAUGCAGAAGCCAGCCACAGCAUGUGGCAGUGAUUCUCAACCAAGAAAUCCGAGAGUUGGAGCGUAAGCAGGAACAACUGGUCAAGAUAUGCAAGAACUGUACAGGUUGCUUUGAUCGACAGAUCCAGUGUGUUUCUCUGAACUGUCCAGUACUUUUCAAGCUAUCCAGAGUGAGCCGAGAGUUAUCAAAGGCACCGUAUCUCCGACAACUACUCGACCAGUUUUAAAUGAUCUGUGUUACAAGAUUCCAGGUGCUAUUUUUUUUCAGUGUUUACUACACUAAAACUGUUGUGCAUGGUGCUUUUUCAAUGUUCAUCUAGUCCAAGAUUUCCAUUUUAGCUGUUGGUUUUACUAUCUGAAGAAUAAUGAACAAUUAUCUUAACUAAAAGAGAAAUACACUUAUUGAUCUAUUCACUUUUUAAGAUGUACAAAAUCCUUCAUUCUUUCACCUUUUUAACAUACUGUUUUAUAAUGCAGAUGUUGAAAUAGCUAUGUGUAACAUCUUGUAAAUCCAUUUCAAAGUAGAAGUCAAGUUUACUUCCCAGUGGUUUGCUGUGGAAGGAGCACUGAAAACCUCUUGAAACAAUGAAAUCAUUAGUGUGUGUUCUUGAACAGUCAGUAUCAAGACGUGUUACUUAUAGAUAUAUUAUCCAUUCACUUUAUAAUUUUGUCUGCGAAAUAUUUUGUAAAUACACUUUUUUACUUUUCAAACAACUGAGUAAAAUAAUGUGCAAUGAAUUUUAUACAGAUAAUUUUAAAGUUCGUUGGUAUAUUUCCUCCUAAGUUUUGCUUGAUUCCAAGUAGAUUUGUUAUUUUGAUCAAACUGUGCAAACAGUAGUAUUGUGUAGCAUUUUUAAACAUUAUUUUCUAUAAAUUGCUGUCUUGCUUUAGCUAUUAAUGGGGCAUUGUGAGGAACUGUGCAAAGACAUUUUUGUUACAAACCUGUGGGACUGUUGCAAUACUUUAAAUAUAAGAAAUUUUAUUCCAUUUUUGCUUCUUUUGUAUAGACAUUUCUAUUGCUUCUAAAUAUGCUUAAAAUAUUUUCUUUCCUUAUGUAUUGUACAGUUAAAUCUUAUUUGCCAUCAUCUUGACAAAAUGUGUAUUUAGAAUAUUUGUAUAACUGUAUAAAAUGAAAAAGGAAUUAUGUGGUCAGUGCAUUGUUUUCUAAACUGGAAAUCAUUUUGUUUUAGAAGUUAAUAAUGGAAACCAUAUUAAAAUUGAAUAAAAUAUGAACUAUGGUAAA